AAAUGAUCUUCAAAACAUGUAAAUAUUUAACUUGAGAUUAGCCUGUCCUCCUCUACAGUGAGGGCAGGCGCAACAAAGGAGGGCUCAAGACUUGAAACUAACCAAUAACAGGAGGCCCCAUAUCCCCUCUAGCACUCCCUGCAGCUGAGUUUUUCUUUCAGUCCUUUGCAGAGGAGCCAGAAGGAAUCCCACAGGCUGGGGUGAGGAGAACAGGAGAUGGAGAAAGCUAGGGGAAAAAAGCCUGUUGCUGCAACCACAGUGGAGACUGGCAUAGAGAAUCCAGGGCUGGAGCUCAUGGAAGAGGUAGUAAAGCCUGAGAGGAGCAGGACUGAAACUCAAGGACACAGCCUUGGGGAUGGGCUGGGCCUGCCCUCUCGCCAGAGGAGGAAUCUACAGCCUUUCAUCAAGGCAAGAAGUUUCUACAAAACACAUGCCAGUUUGUUUAAGAAGAUCCUCUUGGGCCUGUUGUGUUUGGCCUAUGCUGCCUAUUUCCUGGCAGCUUGCAUCUUGGAUUUCCAGAGGGCACUGGCCUUGUUUGUCAUCACCUGUUUGGUGAUCUUUGUCCUGUUUCACCAAUUUCUGAAAAAGCUCUUUGGUAAAAAAUUAACAAGAUGUCUAAAGCCCUUUGAAAACUCCUGCCUGAGGCUCUGGAUUAAAUGGGUGUUUGCAGGAAUCUCCUUGGUUGGCCUUAUACUGUGGUUGGCUCUAGACACAGCCCAAAGGCCGGAGCAGCUGAUCUCCUUUGCAGGAAUCUGCAUGUUCAUCCUCAUUCUCUUUGCCUGCUCCAAACACCACAGUGCAGUGUGCUGGAGGACAGUAUUUUGGGGCCUGGGUCUUCAGUUUGUUUUUGGGAUCUUGGUCAUCAGAACUGAUCCUGGAUUUAAUGCAUUUCAAUGGCUGGGAAAGCAGAUCCAGAUUUUCCUAAACUACACUGUGGCUGGCUCCAGUUUUGUCUUUGGGGAUAUGCUGGCCAAGGAUGUCUUUGCUUUCCAGGCCUUGCCAAUCAUCCUUUUCUUUGGAUGUGUGAUGUCUAUUCUCUACUACCUGGGUCUUGUGCAGUGGGUAGUUCAGAAGGUUGCCUGGUUUUUACAAAUCACCAUGGGCACUACUGUCACAGAGACCCUCGCUGUGGCAGGAAACAUCUUUGUGGGUAUGACAGAGGCACCUCUGCUCAUCCGUCCCUACCUUGCAGACAUGACCUACUCUGAAAUCCAUGCAGUGAUGACUGGAGGGUUUGCCACCAUUUCAGGCACUGUGUUAGGAGCCUUCAUAUCGUUUGGGAUUGAUGCCUCAUCCUUGAUUUCUGCCUCUGUGAUGGCUGCCCCUUGUGCUCUUGCCUUAUCAAAGCUUGUGUAUCCAGAAGUGGAAGAAUCCAAGUUCAAGAGUGAGGAGGGGGUAGAACUGCCUCCUGGGAAAGAGAAGAAUGUCCUGGAAGCUGCCAGCAAUGGAGCUACAGAUGCCAUAGGCCUGGCGGCUAAUGUGGCAGCCAAUCUGAUCGCCUUUUUGGCAGUACUGGCCUUCAUCAAUGCUGCCCUCUCCUGGCUGGGGGAAUUGGUGGACAUACAGGGACUCACUUUCCAGGUCAUCUGCUCCUAUGUUCUAAGGCCCUUGGUUUUCAUGAUGGGAGUAGAGUGGGCAGACUGUCCAAUGGUGGCUGAGAUGGUGGGAAUCAAGUUCUUCACAAACGAGUUUGUGGCCUAUCAGCAACUGUCUCAAUACAAGAACAAACGCCUUUCUGGAGUGGAAGAGUGGAUUGAGGGCAAGAAACAGUGGAUUUCUAUAAGAGCUGAAAUCAUUACAACAUUUUCCCUGUGUGGAUUUGCCAAUCUCAGUUCCAUAGGAAUCACACUAGGAGGCAUGACAUCAAUGGUACCUCACCGGAAAAGUGACUUUUCCAAGGUUGUGGUCAGUGCUCUCUUAACAGGGGCCUGUGUAUCCCUUAUCAGUGCCUGUGUGGCAGGAAUCCUCUAUGUCCCCAGGGGAGUUGAACCUGACUGUUUCUCCUUCUUAAAUACAAGUUUCAGCAAUAGAACCUAUGAGACGUAUGUGUGCUGCAAAGAGCUCUUUCAGAGUACUUCUCUGAAUGGCACCAACCCUCCUUCUUUUUCUGGUCCCUGGGAAGACAAGGAGUUCAGUGCCAUAGCCCUUGCUAAUUGCUGUGGAUUCUACACCAACACUGUCUGUGCCUAAGGCUGCUUAGUCCAUUUCUGUAACAGUUUUGAUUUUAACAGCUUUUCAAUGGCAAAGGUGUUUACAUACUCAGGGUUCCACUCUAUAAAUAACUUCCCAAAACCUUUUUUUAAAAUUUCAGAUUAAGAUGAGGGUACAAAUGAUUAGGUUGCAAUGUUUACAUUUGUUAGGUAAUGUCCCUAUUGCACACCCAGGAGGUGUGCCAUAUACCCUUACACUCAACAAGAUCUUUAACAGUAAAUGUCAAAGAUUCAUUUUGGUUCACUGUAUCCCAAUAAUGAAAAUUAAGCAUUUGUCUGCCAGGUGGUAAUGCCUGUAAUCCUAGCACAGGGAGGCCAAGGCAGGAAGAUUCCUUGAACUCAGGAGUUCAAGACCAGCCUA